ACUAUAACUGACACGCGCGCCGUCGCCGCGCCACACUGCUGCAGACGCCACACCUUGGACCGUAACUUUCAACGUCCGUCAGACUCCGACUGAAAUCGCAAACAUGUCCGACAAGCCCAAGCUCGAAGAGGUAACCUCUUUCGACAAGACCAAGCUGAAGAAGACCGAGACCAAGGAGAAGAACGUUCUUCCCUCGCAAGAAAUCAUCGACCAGGAGAAGAAGGCAGAGUAAUGUCCUCCUUCCAGCCCUCUCUGCCCCCCAGCCCACCACCUCCUCCCCACUCCCUCCAUUGCCUUUCUGUCACUUCAGAUGUUAUUUUUUUUAUUUAGCUGUAUAACUUUGUAACCGAAAAUAUGAAAGGAAGGCCAAAAAAUACACCAUAGAGCGGGCUAGAACGCCCUCCCCUGCAUGGAUCCACCCCCUGCUGUCAUCGCAAAGCCCACCGCCGGACGUCUAAGAUGUCCGUCGCCUGGGUGGCAACGUGACGCUACAGGAGGGGAGGAGGCCUGAGAGGAAGAGGAUAAUGAAGAGGACCCCCCCCCCCCUCUGUUGGGCUUGUGGUGUUCGAGGACCGGAGGGCGGGUGUCCUUGUUCAGAAUGUAAUGAGGGCGUGGCCUUCAUGUCACAGGAAGCUCCUUCUCCUCUUCCUCGUCUCGCCCUUAUCACUUCCUGCUUCUGGCCACUUCUGCUGACCCGCCGUAACCAUGGCGACUAGCGUCUCUUUCGUUUUCUACGUUUCGGAGAUGCACAAUCUUUUUUUUUUUUUACACUGGUUAAAUUGUUAUGCAUCAUGAAACGGAUGAGAUGGAAGCCAUCUAGAUCUGGGAAAAUGAAAAUCAAACCACUGACUUUAUUCGUCUCUCCGUUGCAAUUGUGUAGAUAUAGUACCGUUUUGCACCCUAUAUCGCCCCCCAAUAAUGCGGAAACAACGCAUGCUGGGAAUUGGUUCCAGAUAUCAACUGUUGGUCUAAAUUCACAAAAUUAAUCUUUUUGGGGGUUUCUGUAAGAACCCAUGUUAAGCCACAAACCAUUACCAGUACUGGCAAACCGUUUAAUGUUGUAAUAAAAAAAUUAUUUGAUAAAACAAAGA